AUAUAAUGGUGCACUGAUGCUAGAAAUUGCUUACGGACAUCCGGUCGCGUCCGCAGAAGACGAGUACAUGGCAUUCGCCGACCGCUCCGUCGCUGCCCUCACCGACAUCGGUAGUAUUGCCUCUACACUGGUCGAUUUCGUUCCCAUUUUGAAGUACAUCCCGACAUGGAUGCCCGGCGCAGGCUUCAAGCGUCAAGCCCUGCGUGCUAAGGAUAUGUGGGCCGAGAUGACACGCAUACCGUACCAGAGAGUUCGUGAUGACAUGGCUCUGGGGAAAGCAAAGCUCUCGUUUACCACUUUCAUGAUUCAAGAGGUGUCGCGAGAUGGGCAUCUCACAGACAAUGAUGAGUACGACAUCAGCAAUUCUGCAUCCCAGAUGUACGGAGCCGGGGUUGAGACCACCUUGCAUACGUUGCUUACUCUCCUUCUGGCAUUCACAAUCUAUCCGAAAGUUGUCGACAAGGCGCAAGCGGAAAUCGAUAGAGUCAUUGGUACAUCUCGACUUCCCGAGCUUGCCGACAGGGAAUUCCUGCCAUACUUGGGUUGUAUUGUCCAGGAGGUGCUUCGAUGGAACCCUAUAACGCCGCUCGGAGUACCCCACUGUCUUCAGGAGGAUGACAGCUACAACGGAUAUGGUCUCCCGGGAGGCUCCAUGUUUAUCAUAAACGUGUGGGCAAUCAGUAGAAAUCCAGCGCUGUACCCAAAUCCUGAAGUGUUUCGUCCAGAACGCUUCGAGGAGAUGGACGCUGAGACAGCCAGUGCGCGGGAUCCGCGGAAGUAUCUCUUCGGGUUUGGUCGCCGUAUCUGCCCCGGUCGCUACCUCGCUGACUCCAGCGUCUGGCUUGUGGCGGCUAAUGUCCUCGCCACCAUGGAUAUCCGCAGGGCGCGCGACUCAGCAGGUCGCGAGAUCAUACCCACGCCGUCGUUCAAGGGCGGCAUUGUCAGCCAUGUUGAACCAUUCGAAUGCGACAUUCGACCCCGCUCUCAGAAGACUAUAGAUCUCAUUGCUGAGCGCCACUACGAGACCACUGAUUGAACUAGAUGAACGGAUUAUCAAUUCAUGAGUUACGAUG